AUCAAGUUGUGGCGAAGUAUCUAGACCUAGACUUUGAAUUUGAUCCACCUUUGAAUAGGGAGAAAGAGGUGUCAUGUGCUGAAAAAGAGGCUGAGGUCUUGGUUCCUACUGUUUCUGAGCUUGCUCUUGAGGGUGCCGAGGUAUUUGUUUCUUCAGCCAAGGUCCCUGCCCCCAUGGGUGUCAAGGCGUCUGUCUCCCCAACCGAGGUCCUUGCUUCUACGAUUCCUUCUACAUCAACCAUUGUUUAUAUUCCUCCUGUGCUUCCUGAGCUACCUAAGGCUCUUGUUGACUCUACAUCAGUUGCUAUUCCUGAGAUUCCUGAGUUGCCUGGGCUACCUAAGAUCCUGAAUCUGACUGAAAGCAUUUAA